GCUAGCCCGGAGGCAUGAAGUACUCGACUUUGCUAAUUCUGGGCCUCAUUUUGGCCCUCACUCUUGUUGGGGAGGCGGCCAAGACCAAGUCUAAGAAGGUGAAAAACAAGCAGAAGCAGCAGGCCCAGAAGGAGGAGGUACUGCCCUUGGCGGAACCCUGCCGAUCUGCCAACUGUAAGCUGCCCGACUGCCGUUGCUCGGAUGCCGUGCUGCCCAGGUCUAAGUUUCAGGGCAAGGAGAGCGAGAUUCCCCAGUUCGUGACCAUAACCUUUGACGAUGCAGUAAAUGCGGUAAACUAUGCCCAGUAUGAGCUGCUCUUCGAGGGUUUGAUCAAUCCGGAUGGCUGUUCGGCCGCCGGAACCUUCUUCCUGUCCCACGAAUACACAGAUUAUGUGAGGGUCAAUGCCCUGUACAGAGCAGGUCAUGAGAUCGCCCUGCAUUCGGUGACUCACGGCGAUGGCACCGAUUACUGGCGCUCAGCGGAUGUGGCCACCGUGGAGCGAGAGUUCGGAGCCCAGUUAAAGAUGCUGGAGGCCUUCGCCAAGGUUAAUCCCAAGAGUAUUCAGGGCAUGCGACUGCCCUUCCUCCAGAUUUCCGGAAAUAACACCUUUGAGGCGGCACGUCGUCUGGGCCUGAGCUACGACAGCUCCUGGCCAACGCAGCAGUUUAAGGACCCAGCCAUGUGGCCCUACACCCUGGACUAUCAGUCGAAGCAGGACUGCCAGAUCGGUCCCUGUCCGGAGGCCUCCAUACCUGGCCUGUGGGUUAAUCCCAUGGUCACGUGGACCGACACCGAGGGCUAUAGCUGUUCCAUGAUCGAUGCCUGCGUCUAUCCGCCGGAGGACAAGGUGGAUGCACUGUUUGAGUGGAUGCUGGAAAACUUUAACCGCCAUUAUCAGGGCAGUCGAGCUCCCUUUGGUAUGUAUCUGCAUGCUGCUUGGUUCGCGCGAGGACGCAAUUAUUUUGGGGCCUUCAAAAAAUUUAUUAACCAUCUGAAUACCUAUCCGGAUGUUUAUUUCACCGGCAUUUCCCGGAUGCUGGAGUACGUAAAGAAACCCGUUCUGGGCGCACCCUUUAAGGAUUGUCCUGUGCUUCCGAAGGCAGACUGUCGUGCCGUCCAGUGUCAUGUCCAGAAGCUGUCCACCGGCGAGGAGCGGUACCUAAAUGUCUGCGACAAGUGCCCCGUCGUCUAUCCUUGGCUGGACAAUCCCCUGGGUCAGCAGCUGUAAGCCCGCCGACCUUUUGCCAAUAAAGAGAGUACACAGAAAAUAAAGAGUGUGGUUUAAAUUCUAAAUGAAAAUUUAGAAAAAAUAAAUAACAAGUAAUUCAUUGCAA